AUGUCCUCGCUCAGGCUGCUUAAAUUGUUCCAAUACGUGGGCGGCCUGACCACGGCGUAUGCCGGUUACCGACUAUACAAUCACCUGACGUUCUACCUUCUUCCAAGCCAAACACUUGACCGCUGGAGACAACCAAAGAGAAAGCCGUGGGCUCUAGUCACCGGCUCAUCUGCCGGUAUAGGGUUUGGGACGGCCCAGGAACUCGCUGGGCGUGGUUUCAAUGUUGUUCUAUUGGGGCACCUGGAGGCUGAGCUACUUGAGGCCCAGUCGCUCAUCCAAGCGGAGAAUGCUGGAACGGAAGUCAGGACCCUCGUUUUGGAUGCCACAUCAGCUACUCCUGACGAUAUCAAGAAAUCACUGGGCACGAUAUCUGAUCUCCCCCUUACUAUACUUGUCAAUAAUGUUGGUGGAUUUCCGAUGAAGCCACCGCAGAUUCGGAACCUGAUGGACUUCUCGGCGGAGGAGUUGGACCGGUCACUCAGUAUCAACGCGUGCUUCAUGUCCCACGUGACGCGCAGUCUUCUUCCACAGCUGGCAAGGAAUGGCCCAUCAUUGGUAUUGAACGUAAGUUCGGCUGCAAGGAUGGGUAUUCCGGGCAUUGUGCCUUAUUCGGCCUGCAAAGGGUUCAUAAUCUCUUUCAGCACAGCGUUAUCCCGCGAGAUGGCUGCAGCUCGGGUGCCUAUAGAUGUACUUGCCAUCAUCCCCGGGGACGUGAAGACUCAAGCAAACACCAUUGGCUUGACGCCCGGAACGCCGACAGCUAGGGAGUACGCUGGCAUGAUGCUCAACCGAGCACCCAGAGCUGUGAGCCGUGGAUGGACCGAGUGCGCCCCCUUCUGGCCGCAUGCCUUGCAGAUAGGCUUCAUUGAGUCCUUACCACAUUCUCUUGCACUGCGACUUCUCAUUAAAACUUUCGAGGAUAAGAAGAGAGCUUCAGAGGAACGUGAGAAACAAAAGUAG